UGAGCGAUGAAGAUCUCCCUGGCAGGCUUCUGCAUCAUCACGCUGGUGCUUGUGAUGUGCUGCUUCGCCGUGGAAGCAAAAGCCAAAGCCAAAGCAAAGAAGUGUAAGGCCCCUCUUAGGUGGAGCCCGAAGCUUAAGAAAUGCUUUAAAGCGAAGGUAAAUAAACCAAAAAAGAAGCCAACUAUGGCAGCAGGAGCCACCACGGCAGCUGUAGCGGCAGCAACUGCAGCUCCAGCGUAGAAUCUUUUACCUUUAAUGAUCAUGUAUGAAUAAAUAAACGAGAAGGGAAAGGGCACAUUCCAA